ACAACUACAUUUGAAACAAUGAUCGAUCAUAUAUACAUAUAAUAAGAAAAUAAGGGGACGUUUAGGAUAUAUAAACCCCUAAGCAAAAAUGGUAAGAUAUGACACGUUUUGGGAAGGCGUAAGAAGGAUGACAAUUGGCAAAGAAGACACAAACUUUGGUGAGACGACCAAAUAGAAGAGUAAAAAAGGGGGAGGAACACAAGCUAGAAAGAAGGUGAAAAAGAUAGUGGAAGAACGAUGCUCUUGUCUUUCCUCGGAACUUAAACUCUUAAACAAACAAUUCAAGUAAGAUUGUGUGUUUGUUUCAGUUUCUAUCGUGUUAGUGUAACAACUUUGGUACCAUCCACGUGGGACAUCAACCCUCUUGGUGUUCUACAAAACUGCUCUAUUUUUCUGUGACUUUUAAUAUUAUACUUUAUAAUAUAAUUUUAUAACUUAAUAAUAAUAAUAAUAAUACUAGUAAAGAGAGUGAGUGAUUAAGUGAGUGAGUGAGUGAAGUGAGUAAGUGGAAAAUGUAUGUGAUCACUCUAUGUUGAGAUUUUAGCGGUGCUCCCUAAGUUUUAGGUAGAGUUGCAUAAAAGUGGGCAAAUUUUUUUGAUAAGUAAGGUUAAUUAGUGUUAAUUAUCUAAGAAGUAAUAAGGGAGAUAUAAUGGGAGAGCAAAUUAGGGCUGAAGAUUGGCUACCUGAAGGAUGGAAGAUUGAGAUCAGAGUUAGGAAAAGUGGCAAAAAAGAUAGAUACUAUACUGAUCCUGUAAAUGGAUAUAUAUUCCGGUCUUUGAAGGACAUUGAUCGGUAUCUUUUAUCGGGAAAGUUAGGGAAACAUGUAACCAAGAACAAACCAAAGGACUGUGAAGACGCGAACUUUGAUUUUAUUCAGCAUACUGAUGUACCAAAAAAGAAGAAAUCAAUCGAGUCAAAUAAUGGAGAUGAGAAGAAGAGAGCCAGGAAUGAAUCCAAGAGAGGAAAAACCGGAGCUGAAACUCCAAAGGAGACAGUGGAGAAUUCAAUCAGUAAACCUUUGAAAGGAGGGAGGAGUUCUAGAUCAACUAAGAAGAAAAGAGAAUCGACUCCUUUCUUUAUACUUGAUCCAGAUCAAUGUGAAGAUAGCAGUACUGUCAGCAUUCCAAAUAUAUCAGAAAUCAUAGAUUCAAUGCUUAAGGAAAAGGAAAAUCCUAAAACUGUCUAUCUUUCUGCGCCGGCCAUAGGAUCCCUUCUUGGAGAAAAAUUGUCUGAAACCAGGACUAGUAACAGCAAUAAGAAGCCUAAGUUUGCUGUCAACUAUUGCAAAGACAAUGUUACAAGUUCCAAUAAGUUGCCUUGUACAGGUAUAUCAUCCGAGCUCAAAGUAAAGAAAGAAAAUUUGGAGUUGAAAAGCAUUCCAAGACCGUAUCAGGAUCAAGAAUCAUCUGCAGUAGAUCAGAAGUGUGACAGAAUGAUCACUGAUAGUAAGGCUAAGGAAGGUCCUGAAAGCCCGCUUUUUGCUGAUUUGUUUGAGGAUCCAUGUAUCGAUUUUGCUAUUAAAACUCUUACAGGCACCAGUGCGUUUGGUGUGUAAGAGGAUGUACGUACUUGUUCGUGUUGCUUCUUCAACAGAAACUUGCUAAAACAUAGGUGCAUACCUUAGAAUGUGAAGAUAGAUGCAAGGAAGAGCUUGCAUUUAGAAAGAAUAGGGUUCUUAGAACUUGUGACAAACUUUCUUUCUCCCCCCCUCCCUUUUUAUUUCUUGUAUUGACAAUAUAUCAGCAACUAUGUAUGUUGUAUAGGUAUAUCUAAUGUCAGGUGUAGGUUUAGUUCUCUUGAUUUCCAUAAUUGGUCAUUAACAUAUGAAGUUAUUUUGUCAGUAACAGUU